UACCAUUUUACCUCCUGGAAACCUCUCUAUCUCUUAUUUGGUCAUGAACUCUUCCCUUAUCCAUAGAUUUGACAAGUGAUUUUUUUCCAAGCUCUUUUAAUUUUCAUGUGUUAUCAAUCUUUAUGUGUAAGUCAUGUAUCCAUUUUGAGCUUAUCUUAGUAUAUGGUGUCUACAUCUAGUUUCUGCCAGACUGCUUUCCAGUUUCCCAGAAAUUUUUGUCAAAGAGACAGUUCAUUGACCAUUAGAUGAGGAAAAUCUGUUCCAGUUAUGGAUUCUUUGAUUUAAAUUUCUCCAUUUAUCUUGGCCAUCCUUUGUGGCAUUUUCCCCCCAACAUUUGAUAAAGUUAAAAAAUAAUAAUUGUGUACUCGUGUGGAUGAUGGUAUAUCAAGUGUUAUAGCAAAUAUAAAGUAGGAGAAGAUAGUCUCUGACUUUGUGGAUUUUACAGUCUAAUGUGCUAUCUUCCCCAGUAAUACUAUGUAAGCUACUUAAGAGCAGGGAUGGUGUUAGGGGCUAUCCUCUGUUCAAGUUCCAUGUUCCAUGACAAAAUGAGACAUUAGCAAGUCACUGGAAACAGUUAACAUAAGGAGGCUUCUCUGGUUUUGGGGCCUCUCAUCUACCAUGUGGGAAUAAAUGUCUGGUCAGCUAAGCAGGAUAUGGUAAAUGAUAAAGAAAUUCACAUGGUCUUCAGAAAACUAUCAAAGUGGAGGGGCCCCACCUCCACCUGUACAGGGCUUUUCAUGCUCUUACAUGACCAAAGAAUUGUGUCAGAGGAGGAAGAGGCCAGUCGAGUCUCAAGGAUACCUUUGUUACCCUUUAGGAAAAUUAAUAAUCUCUGUUGUGAGAAGCAGGGAAAACAAAUCCCUGUUACAGUAAGUGGGGGGACCAUAAUGAUACUACAUAUGAGUUCAUUUUUGUUUUGAUAUCCCUAAUGCCUCAGAUGGUAUUUUAAUGGAUGCUUAAUCCAUAAUGGAUUGGAUUGGAUUGGAUUGAACUGAACAUGCUAUAAUGUGUUAAAGACCUCACUGGAAGUCAAGAGAUCUGUAUUCAGGUACAGGUUCCACUACCUACUUGUAAGUAUCUGAGUCUUUUUUCAGCUGAACAAUAAAAAGUAUAUUUGUACUCCCUAGCUAACAAGGUAAUUAAGAAGAAACUUCUUUGAAACGGGAUAUAACCAGUAGCUCUUCUGUAUGUUUGAGGCAAUGCUGAUACCUUAACAGUUUUGCUUAGUAAAUGUACUCCACUGCUGUACUUCUUUGUGGAUGAUGUGCAUGUCCACAAUCUCUGCAGGGUCCUGAUAUCAGAUGGUACGACUGAAAUUUCUGGAUCGCUCCAGCUGACCAUGAUGCAUCUCUGUCCACUGCAUCUUUGAGGAAAGUUUACAGAUUUCCAGUCUAUACUUCUGUUGACUAUGAAGAUUUUAAGUACAAGGCAAUGGUCCCAGAUAGAGAGAUGCUGACCUUGAAUAAGAUGAUUACCAUCUCCCUCAACCCCCAGAUGUUGGCUAUACAUGAACAAAACAGGUUACUGCAAAUAGAUGCUCCUGAUGAUCAGAUAACCAUCCUAGGAAGAGAGAAAUUUAAUCCCGAAAUUUCUCGCCAAAGCUUCAGAUGUUUUCCGUACCCAGAGAAAGCUGGACCCCGGGAGGCUGUGAACCAGCUCUGGGAACUCUGCCUUCAGUGGCUGAGGCCAGAGAUUCACACAAAGGAGCAGAUCCUGGAGCUACUGGUGCUGGAGCAAUUCCUGACCAUCUUGCCCAGUGAGAUCAGGAUUUGGGUGAAGUUGCAGCAUCCAAAGAGUAUUGAAGAGGUGGUCACCCUGGUGGAGGAUUUGACUCAAAUCCUUGAAGAGGAAGCCCUGUAUUCUCAGGAUUCUACCCUUCCCCAAGAAGGAAAUACAAAAAAGGAAGGAACAGCUACUGUGAUCCCAGUAGCAAAAUCUCAGGAAUUGAUGACUCUCAAAGAUGUGGCUCCAGACUUUACUUGGGAAGAGUGGAUACAAUUGGAUCCUGUUCAGCAAGACUUAUACAGAGAUGUGCUGCUAGAGAACUAUAGAAACCUGGUUUUACUUGGGCUUUCAGCUUCCAAACCAGAUGUGGUCUCACAGUUGGAGAACGAGAAAUUACCAUGGAUGCUUAAGAAUGAAGACACAAGAAACAUCUGUCCGUCAGGGCUUUCAGCUUCCAAACCAGAUGUGGUCUCCCAGUUGGAGAAUGAGAAAUUACCAUGGAUGCUUAAGAAUGAAGACACAAGAAACAUCUGUCCAUACUGGGAAACAGGGCUUAAAUCACAGGAUUCCAUUCCAAAGCAGAAAACUUCUAUGGAAGAGUCAUCUCAGGAGAUGAUAAUGGAGAGAACCACAAGACAUACUUCCUGGAACUCCAAACCAAAAGAAUCCUCUCAAUGUCAUGGCUCACUAGUGAGGCAGCAUGGUUACCAGGAGAAAAAAUUGAAGCAAGUAACAGUCACACAUGAGGAAAAAUCAAGUAAGGAAAGAAACUCUGACAGUAAUGAGUUUGAGAGAAGCUUCAGUCUAAGAUCAAUCCUGGUUAAACAACAGACAGUUCCUAUAGUGAGAAGUUUCUAUAAGUAUAAUACUUAUAGAAAUAGCAUCAAAGAUGAUUUGCAUCUAAUUGAACAUCCAAAAAUCUUCACAAUAAAUAAACCUGUUAACUGUAAUGAAUUUGGGAAAGACUUAAACCUGAUUUUACAGCUUAAUGUUCAGAAAAUUCAUGCAGAAAACCAAACCUAUAAAUGUAAUGAAUGUGAGCCAACUUUUAACAAGCAGGUACACCUUACUCAGCAUCAGAAAAUUCAUUCUGGAGACAAAUCCUAUACAUGUAAUGAAUGUGGGAAGGCCUUUUUUUUCAAGUCACACCUUAGUCAGCAUCUGAUAAUUCAUUCUGCAGAGAAGCCCUAUAAUAAAUGUAUUGAAUGUGAAAAAUUCUUCAGUCAGAGGACACAUCUUGCUCAACAUCAGCACACUCACAAUGGAGAGAAACCAUUUAAGUGUACUGAAUGUGGGAAAGCCUUCAGCCUAAUUUCACAACUUAAUCUUCAUCAAAGAAUUCAUUGUGAAGAGAACCCUUAUAAGUGUAAUGAAUGUGGAAAAGCCUUCAUUUUCAGAUCCCGACUUAAUGAACAUCAAAUGAUUCAUGCUGGAAAGAAACCUUAUAAAUGUAAUGAAUGUGGGAGAACCUUUACAAAGCAAUCAAAUCUUAAUCAACAUGAAUAUACUCAUAUUGGAGAAAAACCAUUUAAGUGCAAUGAAUGUGGUAAAGGAUAUAACUACAUUUCACAAUUUAAUCUUCAUCAAAGAAUUCAUUCUGGAGAAAAACCCUAUAAAUGUAAUGACUGUGGGAAAGCCUUCACUAAGCGAUCAAACCUUACUCAACACCAGCAAAUUCAUGCUGGAGUGAAACCCUACAAAUGUAACGAAUGUGGGAAAGCCUUCACUAAGCGAUCAAACCUUAUUCAACAUCAGGAAAUUCAUGCUGGAGUGAAACCCUACAAAUGUAACAAAUGUGGGAGAGCCUUCACUAAGCGAUCAAACCUUACUCAACAUCAGCAAAUUCAUGCUGCAGAAAGAUCCUAACAAUCCAAUUAAUGUGAGAAGGCUUUGCCCAGCAGUUCACAACUUCCUGAACAUCUGAGAAUUCAUACAGAAGAACAAUGUUGUUAAAAGUAAUGAUAAAGGGGCAGCUAGAUGGCGCAGUGGAUAGAGCACCGUCCCUGGAGUCAGGAGGACCUGAGUUCAAAUCCGGCCUCAGACACUUAAUACUUAACUAGCUGUGUGACCCUGGGCAAGUCACUUA